GGACGAGUUCUUUCAUUAGGAUUCACCAAUAACUCUACACCAAAAGGCACGACAUCGGAAACAGAUCACGAUGAUGACCAAACAGUUUGGGAAGUCCGGAGAGGUGAGUGAGCUGGUCAGCUCUCUGGGCUGGAUGGAGGAGGACAUGAGCUCCCAGGACGGGGACAGGACUCCCGACAUGAACCGCUACCGGCUGAGCGGGGGAGGCAGCCACGACCCCUUGGAGAUGGGCAGCGAGGACAUAGAUGAGGAAGAGGAGGAGGACGACGACGAGCUCGGGCCGGACGGCGAGAAGGCCCCGAAGCGGCGCGGCCCCAAGAAGAAGAAGAUGACCAAAGCCCGGGUGGAGCGCUUCCGCGCCCGCCGCGUCAAGGCCAACGCCCGCGAGCGCUCGCGCAUGCACGGGCUGAACGACGCGCUGGACAGCCUGCGCCGCGUCAUGCCCUGCUACUCCAAGACCCAGAAGCUGUCCAAGAUCGAGACGCUGCGGCUGGCCCGCAACUACAUCUGGGCCCUGUCCGAGGUGCUGGAGAGCGGCGCGCCGGCCGAGAGCCCCGGCUUCGUGGACAUGCUGUGCAAGGGCCUCUCCCAGCCCACCAGCAACCUGGUGGCCGGCUGCAUGCAGCUGGGGCCGGCGCCCAUGAGCGUGGGCAAGAUGGACGACAAGUGCGGCGGCGUGCCAGGCGGCGGCAUGGUGGGCAUGGGCAUGGGCGGGCCGGGCGGACACCCGCUCAGCAGCUACCCGUCGCCGGGCCUGCCCAGCCCGCCGUACGGCUCGCUGGAGGCCUCGCACCUGCUGCACCUGAAGGGCUACAAGGGCCCCGGCGGCGCCGGCGGCGGCGGCGCCUACGAGAACCCGUCGCCCAACGAGUGCAGCAGCGGCACGCCGCCGUACGACGGCCCGCUCACGCCGCCGCUCAGCAUCAGCGGCAACUUCGCCCUCAAGCAGGAGCCGUCGCCGCGCGAGGCCGAGCGGAGCUACCCGCCGGCGGGCGCCCACGGCGUGCACUACCUCUCCUCCCACCACUACCCCCCGGGCUCCAUGCCCGCCCCGGCCCACCCGCUCUUCCCUGGCUCGCGCUACGAGCUGCCCCUGGACAUGGCCUUCGACUCCUUCGCCCCGCCGCCACACAUGGUGGCCUCGCAGAUGGGCACCAUCUACAGCGAGUGA